AUGCUACUUCAAUCGUGGGUGUUGUUUAGUAUUAUCACAUUUUUUAGUUCAUCUAUUAUUUCUAAAGUUCAUGCCGCUACUCAUGUUUAUAAUUGGACAACUGGUUUAGGUGAUUACAAUGUGGAUGGUACAGAUACAAGGCCAAUUAUUACAUGUAAUGGAGAAUUUCCAUGGCCAGAUAUUAGGGUUACAAAGGGUGAUAGGAUCAUUAAGGGUGAGAUUGUUGAACUUGUUUUGAAUAAUAAUGAUACUGGUACACAUCCUUUCCAUUUACAUGGCCAUGCUUUCCAAACAGUAUUUAGGGAUGUUGCAUAUGAUGUAGACGCUAAUAUUCCGCAUCCUUACAAUGGUACCGAGGUAGGGUUCCGUGAAUAUCCAAUGAUUAGAGACACAUUUUAUGUUAGACCACUAUCUUCGUUUGUUAUUAGAUUUAUGGCUGAUAAUCCAGGUGUUUGGUUUUUCCAUUGUCAUAUUGAAUGGCAUUUAAUGCAGGGAUUGGCACUUGUUUUGGUUGAAGCACCUGAUGAGAUACAAAACACUGCAAGUCAGCAAUUGACUGAUAACCACAUACAGGUAUGUAAGAAUAUUGGUGUUCCUUAUGUUGGUAAUGCUGCAGGCAACUCUGAGAAUUUCUUAGAUUUGACUGGACAAAAUGUACAACAACAGACCAUUCCAACUGGAUUUACCAAGAAGGGUAUUAUUGCUAUGACUUUUACAUGUUUUUCGGGCUUUUUAGGUAUGGUUUCUUUGGCAACGUAUGGGUUGGCUGGUAUUAGUACGGGUGAGGAGAUUGAGCUUAUGGAAGAUUUGGGUAUUGAUCCAGAAGAAGAAUUAGAACGUGAAGAGCAAGAAGAUGGUGUGCUUCAUCUUGAUAAUAGAGACUCGAGGUCUUCUAACUUUGCUUAUGGGAUAACUGGAAGUGAGGAUGAUAAGGAAAAAGAAUCCGAUAGUAACAGGAAGAAUAAUAUUAAAAGUACUGUUAUCACAACACAAUUAACUGGUACAAGUGAUGCUAAUGAAUCAUCAAACGUUCAUUCUUCUCAUUACUAA